AUGUUCGAGGCCAGGCUGAGUCAAGAGAAGUUGAAUGCUAAGUUCUUCUCCUGGGCGGCAGCUAAGCUCAUCACCAGGGACUCCACCAGCAGUAGACCCGAGAGGCUCAAGUUAGGGCGAGGCACGCCCUUCGUCGCCUCUCCCUGGCCGUGGCUGCCCCGGGGCGCUCCCGCGCUGCCCGCGGGCCUCGCCUACACGCAGGUCGCCGCAGGCGGCCGGCACACGGUUCUGCUCAGGAGCGACGGCAUGGCUGUGGCGUGCGGUGGCAACACCGACCGCCAGUGCGACAUCCCGGAGCUGGCCGCUGGCCUCACCUACACGCAGGUUUCCGCCGGGAGGGUGCACACGGUCCUGCUCAGGAGCGAUGGUAUAGCAGUGGCAUGUGGAGACAAUACUGGGGGCCGGCGCGGCGGCCGCAAUCGCACUGGCCAGUGCGACAUUCCAGCACUGACUGCAGGCCUGAUUUACACGCAAGUUUCCGCUGGAUGGGAACACACUCUCCUGCUCAGGAGCGACGGCACGGCCGUGGCCUGUGGCCGCAAUCGUUGCGGCUUGUGCGACGUUCCAGCGCUGGUCGACGGCUUGACUUACACUCAGGUUUCCGCCGGAAUGGGGCACACGGUCCUGCUCAGGAGCGACGGCAAGGCCGUGGCUUGCGGCGACAAUUUCUUCGGCCGGUGCGACAUUCCGGCGCUCGCCGCUGGCCUAGCCUACACGCAGGUCUCUGCGGGACCGUGGGGUCAUACUGCGCUGCUCAGGAACGAUGGCGCGGCAGUGGCCUGCGGCUCCAACAGCGACGGCCAGUGCGACAUUCCAGCGCUGGACGUGGGUCUGAUCUACACGCAGGUUUCCGCCGGGAUGAUGCACACGGUCCUGCUGAGGAGCGACGGCGGGGCCGUGACCUGUGGCUCCAACCACGACGGCCAGUGCGACCUUCCGGCGCUGGCCGUGGGCCUGACGUACACGGCCCAUCAGCUGCCGGCGCUGGUGUUGCAGGCGUCGCUCGACGGGGCCGCGGUGCGCUUCCUGACGUUCGCCGGCGUGGAGCGCUGCCGGGUCGAGGCAGCGCCGCCCGCCCGCGUGUCAGGCACCAGGGGGAGCAGAAGAAAAGAGCAAGGGGGCCGGCAAAGUACGAGCCGCAAUGUCGCAGGCGACUUCCCCCCUCCCAAUCCGCUCAUCCUCCUUCCUAUCCCUCCUCCUACGCCCUCCCUCCUCCCUUCUCAUCCUUCUCCUCCUCUCCCUUCCCCUCCACCUCCUCUCCCUUCCCCAUCCACCUCCUCUCCCUUCCCCUCCACCUCCUCCUCCUCCUCCUCCUCCUCCUCCUCCUCCUCCUCCCCCUCCUCCUCCCUCUCCUCCCUCCUACGUCUUUCCCCUUCCCUUCUCCUUCCUCCUUCUCCUCCUCUCUCUCCCUGA